AUGCCUUGCUUCCACGGCCUCGCGGUCAGCAUUCACACGCCCUCAGGCCCGCUGCCCGAGUACUCCAUUCAGAAGCAGUCAAAAUUCCAUAGGAUCACGUCGUACAUUCCCGUCCCGCCGGCGAAGAUACCCGUGGGCUCCACCAAGCCAGAGCAGUCGACCUUCGCGAUAUCGAUCACCCUCCUCACCCCCGGCCUUCAUGUCCCGUACUCGACCCCCAAGCCCACCCCAGACGACCCUCACCCGCGAGCAAAAAUUGUUGGCGGCCUCUCAAGCUUUGGGAGCACCCCAAGCAAGAACAGCGCGGUUAUCGGCCCAUACAAGCCGCUAACUUCGUCGCCCAACGAAACAAUUGCAGCCUACAUAUACUUCGAUGGCAGAGGCAAAGAGGAAGUGGCAACACUACUCCGGCGCGGUGAAGAGACGUGGGUGAAUUCACGAUGGGUCAGCGUCCCCCAGUCAGAAGGGGGUGGCCUUGCAGAGCGCGAGUUUCUCUUUCGAGAAGUCGGUCUGGAGCGGUGGCUGAAUGGCCUGGAUCUUGAGGGUAAAGACAUUGCGGCGCGAAUUGAGCGUAGGAAGCAGCGCUUGGAAAAGAAGCGUAGAAAGCGCCGCGAGGCAGCAGGCAGCGAUGACGACGAUGAUACUAAGCCCCAUUCUACGAGAAACGGCGUCUUGCGGUAUGGCGAUGACAAGAACGCGCCUGUCGAGUCACUCUCUGGGAACGAAGAUUUCUUCACAUCUGACUCUGAUUCUGAAGAUGAGCCGCCGAUGCCUGAGGCUGCGGGGCAGAUUAAGGUAGCUCUAUUCCGUGUGCUUGCUUCUGGAGAGAUCAAGCGCGGAGAGUACUCUCCGCAGUUUGACGCGCAUGACGACGACGAGAAUUCUACCCAAAAUGGUGGUGACGGAGGUGAAGACAUUGACCAUACGACGAGCUUUGCGAAACCGAAGACGCUUGAUCCUAAGUCUAUUAGCACUCAGACUGUGACCGGCAUUGAUCCACCAGACAAACCAUAUGCGGUGUUCACGUUUCUGUAUCGUGGAGAGCGCCAACUCCGCAAGAUGGGCAUUCUAUCACCCGAGAAAGUUCAGCAAGCGUCUCCCGUGGCUACACGGCGGAAAUCUUCGGGCCUGAAUUUCGGCGAUCUCAAGCCAUUGAAUGCUUCUACAGGCGUCAAGAACUUUGCGGGCUACCGAGACCCCUCCCAACAAUCUCCUCGAUCAAGGAAGAAAGAUCUGGAUGGCAUUGACAGUGAUGCGGAUGACGAAGACGAGGUCAAGGCUGAGGAUACCGAAGAUGACAAAGACGAUGGUAAGGGAUUGCUAUCACCAGAGGACGCCCUGAGGCAAGGCGAGCUUGCCGAAGGAGUGCGCAAGAUUAAACUCAAACGCCAGCACUCCGCCGAGCCUCUCCACCGACUGGCGGCGUCUCCCGUUGCGCGUGGUACAUCCGGCAGUCCCACCUCUGAUACACCAGCCUUGACCGCAGAGCCAAGCACUGUCGAGUUGAAGAUGACCGCGAACCCAGCACUCUCACCGGAGCUCAACGAAGGUACCGUCGGCAGCCCGUUCAAGAAGCAGCGUGCGAGUUUGCCCGGCUUUGACGACAGCGUCCGCAAGAGCUUGGGUGCUGCACUUCUCGGCGUUGCCAAGGAGAAGAAGAACUCGACCGGCAGCAUCCCAUCUGUCUCAUUGGAGGGUCAGAUGGAUGAGGAUGAUGAAUUGUGA